AGUUAGACACAGAUGUAUAAUCAGAAAACUAAUAUCUAGUUAUUUAUCCAUGUAAUAAUUGGUCAGCAAAGUUAAAAUAACUGUUCAUUUGUUAAAUUAAAUUGUUUCUAAUAGGCUCAGUUGUUUAAACAACUCUUAUAACGCGGACAGUGACAGCCCCUUUAUUUUUAAUUUCACUACAUUCAUUAGCAUAUAAGCUAAUUUAGUGUGAUUUUAAAAGGCGGGCUAUUUAACACUUUAACGCAAACAAACCGUCAGUCGUUGACAUAUUGAUAUAAAAAUGUCAACCUUUUCAACAAGGGAAGAUGGAAUGCAGGAGAAGCCAGAGUUUUCAUUAAGCAAGGCGGUGGAGGAUGUGAGCCAACACGGCUUUGCCCAGACUGAAGUCCUGAAGGAGAAACAGAAGACACUCCAGUCCCUGCAGGCCACUCUUUCAGAGAUUGAGAAAAAAGGUGCGACAUCAGAGCUGGAGCUGAGAUCUAGCGUGAGGGAAUUCCUGAUGCUGGAGGGCGAGAUGGAGCACCUGGAGCAGCAGAUAAAAGUCCUGCAUGAUGACUGUUCCUACAUCAGAAAGGAAAACACAGGGCUACAGAUGAAUAUAAACGAGGUGGACGAGAACGCUUGUCUGGCAUUGGUAAAGUUCAAAACUUAUAUCAACAAGAUGGAGGGUCACAGAGCGGCUGUUGUGCAUGCGGCGAGCCAGACGGAGGCCUAUAAAGAGCUGGAGGAGAAGAGGGCGCUGGUUAGGAUGCUGACACAGAAGAAAAAGGAGAUGAAAGAAGAUUUAGAGUAUCCAAAUGGAAACCCAGUGCACAGGGCAAUGAUUGGCACUAUAACGGAGGAGAUCUCUGUGAUGAGUGAGACUAUAGCGAAGAAAAGAGAGCAAGUGCAGAAAGAGUUAGAGACUCAAGCCAAGAUAAGGAAAGACAUAGAGAUCCAGAACAGACGCUAUGAAGCCAUUCUCAAGCGCCUCGCCUGCCAACUGAGCAAGGCCCAGGCUGUCCACAGGCAAAUGUCUGAAGAAGUCUACCAAAUGGAGAGACAGCUAGCCCGGCUCAGAGAGCAGCUGAAGUCCACUCAGGAUGGUUUGGCCAGUGGACAUUAAACUGUGUGUCAGUCAGGCUUGUUUAAACUGGAUAAACAUCAGUAAUGAUACCACGUUAUAUUGGAUUGUUUUGUUCUUAGAUUGAGUAAAAGCCUGUAGUUAUUAUUGGUGUGUUUGUUCAAGGGUGUUGCUGUUACUUCAUUUGAACAGCUGGGGGCAGCAGUGUCAACUAAAUGUCUAACUGUGUUUCACUCCAUCACAAAAUCCUGUUACAGUAGUUUGAUAUUAACAUGCCUGUUAUUGCCUAACUUGUAACUUUAAAUGUACACGUUUUUUCAUAAAGAAAACAGUCAAACUAUGAUUUUUUUUUUGUUCCACAUUGCUUGAUUUCCUUUAAAAGCAGGACGCUUUCCUGCAGCUGUUCUGAGCUUAAACCGGGGUUAGCAUCGGCCGUGCGUGGGAUGGGAUUUUAGGUCGUGUGCUGACAGUUAAUCGGUUUGUCCACUCAGUGUCCACAACAGCAACCCAUACAGAACAGAAGCCAAGUGUCUGCUCUAACUGUCAAUGCCGUGGUGUUGUUUUGGUACACGCUGUUCCAGCUUCCGCUUCACUGGGUGGCUUGAUGCUCUGCGAGGUGACAGUCCCACUGCCCGCUAACAAGGGUGUGACUGUGCCACUUCAGUCGAAACUCCAAACUAACUGCCUUCUCACUAAACCUGUAUGUACAAUUAAGAAUGAGAUAUUAUUGAUGCUUCUUUUGCAUCCACAGAGAUUAUGUGUGUGUGGACCAAACCUCCACAACUCACCUGGCAAUUAUAAAUAACACUAUUUUAAAGACAAAUUGAUACAUAUAUUGACAUUUAAAAACAAUUAUUCCAGGUAAUGU